CGUCAUAAACUAUUUUGGACGAAUCGAUUGUUUUGUUAACGUCGAAGACGAUAGGAACACGAACUAAAUUCUCCUCAAUACCUACCGAUGACUGGAUUUUACGAGAGCGAAUUACCAUCAGGGAGAAACAAGAACGGCUCAUCGCACUUAAGAUCUCUCCACCCAGCGGCAUCUGCACUGCUUGUCAUCUUUAGCCAGAACCACAACUACAUUGUGAACAUCCUACUGAAAAUCAACGAGUGGAAGCGGUGGUCCAACCCCCUGGUAGAGCACCAAUGCAUCGUCGUGCUAAGCGCGGCAGGGGCUAUGAUUUCCUUACCCGACAGAGGAGGUGCAUAUUAUACACAUGGAAUACACGGCAAAUGGCUUGACCAAAGUCAUACACUGAGACCACAGCAUCCAUUCUCCCCGUGCACAUCUAACCUUACCACCACACCUCGAGGCCAACGAGACUGUGGAUGUCAUCGUUUGGAUGGGUUCAAUGAGGAACGGAUCCAUGGCAGAGAGAAGCGAGUGUCUCGGUCGAUGGAGGCCAGCGGAGUAGAUUCUUGGAGUAGCAUUGUUCUUCGGGGUGUUAACAUGAAUCAGGAAUAGACCAU